AUGGACCGGCGUCAGGGGAGCAGCCUUACAUCUGACGGGCAGGGCAAAGGUUACGGGAAACACCUGUCAAGCCAGGAUGAGAGCAAAUGCUUGCAGAAAGCACUGUCCUCUAUGGGAGCGCGGUUGGCCAAGGCGGAAAAACAAAGGCAGGAGAAGGGUAAAGAACAUCAUCGCUUUCUUUACACAUCCUUCAUCCUUCUGGACCGCAUACGCGACCUGGUAGCCACCAGUUGUGGGUUCGAGGACUCAAGUUGGAUGCAUAUGCUGUACAAGAUGGAGAAGGAACCCGACCGUGACUGGGCAAAGUAUGCACAGGAGUCACUGGCUGAGAUAAGCGACGACGAAAUCCCACUCGAAAUCCCACUCGAGGAGUUACGUUACAUUCUUACCGAUUUACAUGAUCCCCCUGAUAUUGAUAGGAUACCUACACUUGUACGGUGGAGGAAUGAUUUCUGCAAAGAACACGAAAAUUGA